CUUUUAUAUUCUGUAUUUUUUGUAUCCCUUCAUUAAUACAUGCAGCACAGACACUCUGAAAAUUAAAUGGCAUAAUUAUCCUAAUGGUAUAGUAUUAACCUAGAACUUGGGGGGCCUAAUUUUCCAAGGAACAUAAUUAUUUGCACAGACACCUGUCUGUUAUAUAGGACUUCGAUUAAUUUCUGUCACAAAAAACUAGAAGCAAUCAUGCCAUACUUAUGAAACAUUGUCAAUGGCAUUAGUUAGAUAUGCAGAAUGUUGUCCACAGGUUGAUAACUAAACUGAAGAGCUUGCACAAGGUCUCCACAAUAGCAAAAGGACAAUCUCAAUUUAGGUCCGGACAAUUCAUAUAGAAUAGUGUUUAUGGCAAUUCUAAGUAACAGUCAAUAUCUAAUUCAGUAGUUCUGCCUAAGGCCAAACAAAAAAAUAGUCUUGGUUCAGGGAACCCGACCGACCCUAUUUUUUGCCCCCGACCCUAACGAUUUUUUUAGUCCGCGGAAAAAAAAUCUGUCAGCGAUGUUUUUCUUCGGUACGGUACGGAACGAGUUUUACGUAUAGCGCAUUGUAGCCGAUAACGACAGAUCCAUUCGUUUACGCUUUAUAAACAUGGCGGCGUCCACAUCGCUAAUGUUGGCAAUAAACAUCGAAAAAUGUGACCACCAAAAAGGCUGUCAGCUGAUGAGAGUUACUCCAACCUCAUCAACAGCAGCUGACAUUUUUAAAGAGCUUCAUGGGCCGGUGGAUCCACAACGAUAUGGGGUUAAAUUCGUUGUGGGAACUUCGCUGGAAGGGACAUCUUUCUGGGAGAUUGACGGUUGCAUCCCAUUGUUUGAGGUUUCGGCGUUUGGUGUGAAGGUCCUCAAAAUGACAUGUACUACCUUACCAGAGGGAAUAUUGGCAUCUUCCCUGGAGAAAAUUUCGAACGAAGCAACAAAGAAAACCGUUGAUGCCAGCAGUUCCAGGUGUUAAUGAUGAAGGGGAAAGCAUUGCCCACGAAAAAAGUGGCAAGCUCUGGAGUACUGACGGGACUUAACCGGAAGGAUGAGUUGUACAAUGCCAUAAUAGACCUGUGCAAUAGAAUGGAUACCAAGUUUCCAAGAGACAAUGCAGUGACUGAUGGUGGUUACUUUGUGCAGACUGUCUGCAAUGCAUUGUGGUACAAAACAAACCAGAUGGACACGAUUAACAUCACCUCCAAAAAGCAGAAAGAUGUACAGCCUGUCCCAGACCUGUUUGAACAGUUUGACGGGUACAAUGACACAAAAAGGAAGAAGCAGAAAUCCGAGCCGAUGACCAGUAGCGGACUUCAGAGUCAUGCGGAAUGUUUAUUCAGUUUAUUAGAGAAACCUUACGUAAACUCUACAACAGGAAAAUGGCCAGAGCUUCGUGCAAGUGUAGAAGCUUUAGCAUCAUGUCUGUCAUCUUAUGAACAAUAUUUAAACAAACAAGCAACUACAACUGCUACAAAUAAGGAGCUGUCUUUUCCAUGUAGGAUUGUUGAUCAGAAUGCAUCAGUCUUUCAUUGUAAGAAAUCAGUUUUAUCUGUUGUUAAAGACAAAUACACAUUGCUUGACAAAGCUGUUGUAAGUUCUGACACUGAAAAUCCUGUUUUAUUUGAUGAAAAUCUGCAUGUUGAAAAACCAUUUGAGAAUAGUAUGCAAAAAUUUCGUUUCUUUGACAGUUUGCAAUUGAGUGUUCCUGUAGAUGUUAUUAGAUUUUGUCCUGGGGGAGGGAUUGGUACUACAUAUAUUCUUUCCCAGGUACCUGAGAACAGGUCUGAUUCUGAAAUGAUGACAGAUGCAGCUCGGCUAGUGCAGAGAAUGAGACCGUUUUUGAAAGAGUUUCAUACAAGAGCCCAAAAAAAAGAUUGUAAAAGGAAAAUUUCCAAUAUAGCUAAAAUUAAACCAGCCAUUAUUGAUUACAUGUACUCAGAAUUAGCAUUAGAUGCUGCAGCCAUGAGUCAUCCAGAUACACAACAGCGGUUGCAUUUGAUGUCUUUAGGUGAAUGUGGGCUUGUGAAUGAUUUGCGUCACCUAAACCCUGGGUGCCCUAACAACAAGUAUGAUGUGUUUUUUGAGAAACUUUGUGAACAAGUACAACAUAUUGAAGCAGCAGAUGAAAGACGCCAUGGAUCUGGAGUUGCUCACAUGUCUCGUUGGAUUUCACUGUCCGAUAUGAUCGCGGAAACAGCAACUUCAUGUCCAGAGGGAACUCCGAUACCAUCCAAAAGUCUAGUUCGCCUGCAGUUUACCCCUCGUAACCCAUACUCAUCCACUGCCCUCACAUUUACUUCAAGAAAACCUAUCCAAUACAAAAUCCAGCGAAGGCAACUUAGAGCACAGCAUCCUGAUGAUCAUUACUGUGCUGCUCUCUUCAAAUAUUUGAAGUGUAGGUCGAUUGAACUGAAAGAUGAUUGUCUGUUUUUUUGCGUGGAUGACAAGGCUAAGGUACCUGUUGGUGAACCUCACAGGCCUAUCUCUACAGGUGUAAGAGGUCGUCAAAGCAUUGCACCUAUUGAUGCUGAAUUGUCAAGUCUAGACCAUGAUAUGAAGGCUACCUCUUUGACCCCAAGUGUUGCAUUGCUGUGUUCCAUACCUGACUCUGUCCAGCAGUCCUUUGUAAGGGGACAGGUGACGGCGUUUGUUAAUGAUUCUGUCACCAGGCCAGUCCGCAUCACCAAUCAGACAUGCCAUGAACAUCAGGAAGAUAGUGCAAAGAAACCAGGCAAACCCAAAGGUUCUCUUAAAGUACACUGACGGCGGCACAGAUCAAAGAAAUACAUUAGAGCAAGUGAAAUCCGCCAACAUAUGUCUUUUUAGAGAACUUGAUCUGGAUAUGCUCAUAACAGUAAGAUGCGCUCCAGGACAAAGCUAUGUGAACCCUGCGGAGAGAAUAAUGUCUAUACUCAAUUAUGGUCUCCAGAACGUAGCCACUGAAAGAGAAAGGCAAGAUAAUGAGACAGAAUUAAAGCUAAAAAGAUGUAACAGUGUAGCCUCAAUAAGAGAGUUGCUAAGAAAACACCCAGAAUUGCUUCCUAAGUGGAAAGACUCUAUUGAACCUGUUCAGGCGUUGAUUGAGAAUAGGUUCAGAAAACUUAAACUGAAGGAGGAACCAAUUCAAUGCAUGACCCCACCUACAGAUGAUGACCUCGACCUUCUUAAAAGGCAUUUAAGAGAGCUUUUCCCAGAAUUAGACCUGGAAAGACUGCAGAAGGCAAACACAAACAAAUGCGCUGCGUAUCUAGAGUGGAAGGAAAAACAUUGUAGGGAAACCAAUUACACAUUCCAGAUAAAGAAAUGCAAUGACACAUCUUGUUGUGCACCAAAGCAAAUGGAAGAAGAGAAACUAAAGUGGCUUCCAGAGCCGGAACUGGAUGACACACGUGAACACUUUCUCCCUUACAAACAGGCAACAAAUCAAGAAACAACAGAAAAAGACAGACCAUCAUUGACAGAUAAGAAAGUUUGCAAGAAAAACACAGUCAAGCCUAGACCUGGAAGCUCGGUUGAAAUUCAUGGAGAAAUUGAAGAGGAUGAAGAACGAGAAACUUCUGGUCAGCCUCAGGUGAAUGAUACAAGCAUUGAAUCAGUGGCUGAUGUGCCACUGUCCAGUCAAAACGCACGUGCAGUUGCCAUUUGUGUUGAAUGUAGGAAGCCACGUGUCGUUUACUCAAAGACUAAGUUGAACCAAAGAAAAGAGGUUGCAUUAGACAUGUUCCUGAGAGAAUACGAAUUUUCAUGUGGGGCCCACUUGUUCCCCCCAUCUGCAGCUCUGUCUGAAAUGAAAAAAACUGUUGUUACACGACCGUUUGUCCAAUGUGCUACUCCAGUAGAAUUGUGUUAUUAUGGUGCAGAACUUGGCCGCAAAGACCUGUGUGCUCAUUGUGGAGACCCUGGGGCCGAGACAGAUGCGGAGUUGAAGACAUUAUAUAAAACUGUUCUACCCAUCUGCCAGAAAUGCCGAGAUAUGAGAAAAGAACCAAUUGUUCAGAGAAAAUUUGGAAAGUCCAAGAAGUAACUCUUUAAAAUAGGACAAACAUUAAAGUAAACUUUAAGGGAAAUGUCAAAGUACCUCCUCCCCCCCCCCCCAUUACAUCAUGCAUCAAACUUUUCAAGCAGUAUUGUAGAUUUAACUAUUAAAACAGCUAUCUUUAAUAUGUUGACCAAUUUUUGUGUCUUGUACUAUUAUAAAACAUGUAUUUGAAAGCCAGUUUUCAGUAUCCUUACGAUCUGUUGUAUGUCAAUAAAUUUGAAAUAGAAA